UAGGUCCAGGCAGAGAUGAGAAAACCAACAACUAGGGCUUUAAAAACAUCCACAUUGUUCUGUCCAUCAGUAACAUCUGGUCAUCAGACCGGGUACUGCGGCUACGUUCUCCUAUUUUCCGUCGCACACUUUCUUCUCCUCCAUCUCCGGGGAGGACAGAAAUCAAAGUUUAUAGUUAUUUCUUGCGUCAACCCAAAACGAACAUGCCGAGCAAGAGGAAGAAGAACAAGCGCCGCAUGAGGAGGGUGCAGGCCCAGAGGAGAGUCCUCGAGGAGCAGCAUUCUACUGGCACAGGCAAAGGAACCCCAGGAGUGGCUGCCGUGGCGCCCCCCCCUGAAAUAUCACCUUGUCCCCCCCUUCUCCCACCCCCUCCAGUAGUAAAGGCCCCUGUCGUAAAGCCCCCUGAAAUAUCAAAUUGUCCCCCCCUUCUCCCCCCCACUCUAGUAGUAAAGGUCCCAGUCGUACAGCCACCGGCCCAAGUCAAAGUACCAGAGCCUGAGCCUGUGGUGGCAGCGGUAGAGGCUGAAGUGGUGGCAGCUGAGGUUGAAGUUGAGACCCCAGUUGAAGCUCCAGUGGAGGUUGAAGUCGAGGCCCCAGAAAAAGUCCCAGUCAAGUCUCCAGAAGAAGUCCCAGUCGAGGCCCUAGAAGAAGUCCCAGUCGAGGCCCCAGAAGAAGUCCCAGUCGAGGCCCCAGAAGAAGUCCCAGUCGAGGCCCCAGAAGAAGUCCCAGUCGAGGCCCCAGAAGAAGUCCCAGUCGAGGCCCCAGAAGAAGUCCCAGUCGAGGCCCCAGAAGAAGUAUCAGUCGAGGCCCCAGAAGUAGAAGCAGAAGCUCCAGUUGAGCCCCCUACAGAAGAAACUGCAGCAGUGCAGGAAGUUGAAGAAAGUGUCAUUCCAGAGACUGAGCUAGUAACGGAGGCCGCACCCAUUCCUGAGGCCCCUGUGUCAGGUCCUGCUGAAAUUGAGGUCCAGGUCGAAGACUCCGUAGCCAUUACCACAGAGAUAGCACAGACUCAUGACGAGCCGUCGCUCGAGGCUGAAGUGGAGGCUGAAAUAGUUGCGGAGGUCCAAGCGAAGGUUGAGGCAGAGCCAGAACCAGAGCCCGAGCCUGUGGUUAAGGCCGAAGUUGCCCCUGUAGUAGAAGCUGAAGUUGAACUUGAAGAGGCUGGGAUCGAAGCAGGAGACAGUCCUAUCAUCAAAGCUGAGGCCAUUCCUGAAGAUGUUGAUGUAGAAGAGGACCCAUUUGUCAAAGAGCAUGAGCCUGUCACGACAGAGGCUCCUGAAGAGGUUCCAGUGGUGCCCGCAGUCCCAACAGAUUCACUUGACGCCCUAUCGGAGUUGCUGAACGACAUCACCCUAGUCACUGAGCCCGCCCCUGUCACAGCUGAUGAAGUCAUUGACGAGCCAAAGUGUGAGGAGAAAGAGGUGACAAAGAUGGGGGCGAGAGACAACACACUUCCACCCGAUUACCGGCCCUCCCCGGAGGACCUGCUGGCUAAAGAGGUCAUUGAAGCCCAGAUGGAAAUCGAGGCCAAAAAUGAUGCCAUAGAUGAGAAGACGGCCCUUGACGUCCUUUCUGGAGAUUUCUCUGCCCCCCAGCCUGUCAUCUCAGAACUGCAGUGUCACACGCAGCUCGCCGCCCCCAAGGAUAUCCCAGCAGAGGCAGUGCUGAAUGGACACAUGGCAGCUGAGGUGGCUAUUGAGGGAUAGAUCUCUACGGUCAGUAUGAAGGACUGAAGAGAGCCUGACAGGGAGCCGACCAGCAAACUUUAUUUUUCAUUUUUUAGGGCUUAAAGGGACCGCUGGGAAAUUUGACAGACAUCCAACACUCAGUGCCUUUCCUGCUUGGGGUCUUACCCCAAAAAAUAUUAAACAAGUUUAAAAUGCGACAUGAAGGGGGGGAAUAAGACUCUUUGGAUCAGAAUGUGACAAUUUGGAAUAAAAAAAUAAUAGAUUUCUGUAUCUCAAUACAUGUAUUGUGGAUUUGCUUCAAUUGUAAAUGGCAUACUGGUAUGAAUACUGUAGAAUUGAUGAAUGUGGCAAUGGCUUGUCUUCACAUUUGGACCACGUUUGUAUGGAUGAGAGGGAUAGUUCCUUGUAUGCGUUUCCUGUUUUAACCUGGUUUGAGUCCUUUUUGUGAAGGGACAGUAUCGCAGAUUGUACAGUACCAUAGACCCCCCACACACCCCCACCCCCACCUUCUCCCUAUCCCCAUUGUGGUACUUUUGUUUUUUCAGGGACUGUAUGAUGACAGCUCCACCCUCUUUACUGUGUAGUGUCAGUGUGUCUACAGUCCCAAGUCUGUCCUGGGCAAUGUGAAAUGGUGUUUAGUUUCAGGCCCUCUGACCAGGUGCUCUUGACAUUUAAUUACCUACGCUGCCAACUGAAAAUGGAGUACGGGGGCUUGUAGAUCCUGUUUUUAGUUUUGCUUUUCUAAUUCCGUUUUGUAUAGACCAUACAAUGUGGUACAACCGCUGUCUGUGUUCAGUUACGUGCUCUGGAAGAGACCAUGGAGUUGUUAUGUAAUUGAGGAGCUGGGUUGGAUUUCAUUCACCUUUUUGAAUAAAGAUGUUACUCACCGUG